AUGUCUUUUCAAUAUCCUUUAAUCCUUGACGGUGGUUUUGCAACUGAACUAGAGAGAAGCUUCGGCAAAGAUUUGUCUGGUAAAUUAUGGUCAGCACAGUGUAUACAAGAUGAUCCUGAGGCGAUCAAGUCUGUUCACAAGUUUUACUAUGAAGCAGGAGCAAAUGUAGCCACCACGUGCAGUUACCAAGCAUCUAUGGAGGGAUUCAUUCGAGCAGGUUACUCUGAGCACCAUGCUGUCACUUUGAUGCGCAAAAGCGUUUCAUUAGCACUGGAAGCGCGUGAUGAGUACAAGCAAGCACACCCCAACGACGAUCAACAGAGAUUGGUUGCCCUUUCCAUCGGUUGUUAUGGUGCUGUGUUGGCUAAUGGAGCUGAAUACACUGGUGAUUACGAUGACAUGACAUUGCAGCAGCUUGUUCAAUUCCACAAGGAGAGACUAUCUCUUUUCUUGUCUACGACAACUGAAGCUGAUAGCGUGGAUUUGGUUGUGUUCGAAACUAUUCCUUCUUACCUCGAGGCACAAGCCAUACAAGACAUUGUUUCCAACUGGGAUGUAAAGGACAUUGCCCUGCCUCUUGUUGCUGUGUCAUUUCAAUGCAGAUCAGACGACCAAAUCGCGGAUGGUACCCCUGUGUUGAAUGCACUCCAGGUUUUGAAUGAUGUAGAAGGCGUUUUUGCUAUUGGUAUUAACUGCACCAAGCCAAAGUAUGUGGAAAAUCUGUUUGCCACUGUCGCUCAAUUUAACAAGCAACAUCAAAAUGGUAAGGCAUUGAUAGCCUAUCCUGAUGGUGGUGAAGAAUGGAAUGCUGUCGCAAGAAGUUGGGAUGAUAGUGCUAAAUUACCUGAAGAGACAUUCGGUUGUAUGAUGGCUAAAUGUGUGCAAGACUAUGGACCACGAGUGUUGGUAGGUGGUUGCUGCGGUACUGGCCCUGCUCAUAUAAAGAACAUCAAAGAGUUUGUCAAUAAAAAAUAG